AUGAACCUGCUGCCCUCCUUCUCUACAGAGACAUGGGCCCUUUUGCUUAUUUUUGUGGCCCUCCUGGUAGCAUAUGGGACAUGGCCAUUUGGUUUGUUCAAGAAGUUGGGUAUUCCUGGGCCAAGACCUCUGCCUUUCUUUGGGACAUACCUGGCGUAUCGCAAAGGUUUCUUGGAGUUUGACAAUGAAUGUUUCCAAAAAUAUGGGAAAGUCUGGGGGAUUUAUGAUGGCAGGCAACCUGUGGUGGCUGUCAUGGACCCCCAGAUCAUUAAAUCUGUGCUGGUUAAAGACUGUUACUCCACCUUUACCAACCGGAGGCGAGUAGAUCUAGCAGGGGAGCUGGCCAAUGCUCUCUCAUUAGCCGAAGAUGAACAGUGGAAAAGGAUUCGCACUGUGCUCUCUCCAACCUUCACCAGUGGGAAACUAAAGGAGAUGUUUGCUAUAAUGAAGCACUAUGGGGAAGUUUUGGUGAAAAAUGUUCAAAAGCGAGCAGAAAAGGACAACAAUCUACCUGUAAAGGACAUCUUUGGAAGCUACAGCAUGGACAUCACCACCAGCACUUCGUUCGGGGUGAACAUCGACUCCAUGAACAACCCCAAAGACCCCUUUGUCAGAGAGGUGCAGAAGUUGGUCAAGUUUGACUUUCUUAGCCCACUCUUUCUCUUUAUAUCUGUAUGUCCAUUCAUUACUCCUCUUUUGGUCAAGAUGAAUAGAAGCUUCUUCCCCAGUGGUGUUACAGAUUUCUUCAUGAGCUCCAUCUCCAAAAUUAAGCAGGAUCGUGAAAAGGAGACUUACAAGGGCAGAGUAGAUUUUCUGCAGCUGAUGAUUGAAUCCCAGAACUCAACCAGUGACGGGAGCAAUGAAGCAAAUCGCUCAUUUAAAGGCCUGACUGACAGAGAGAUCCUGUCACAGGCACUCAUGUUUAUUUUUGCUGGCUACGAGCCCACCAGCAACGCGCUUUGUUACCUGGCGCACGCACUGGCCACGCAUCCCGACGUGCAGCAAAAAUUGCUGGAGGAAAUCGACACCGUUUUACCCAACAAGGCUCCUCUCACAUAUGAGGCAGUGAUGCAUUUGGAAUAUCUUGACAUGACAGUGAGCGAAACCCUUCGGCUCUUCCCCAUUGGAGGACGGCUUGAGAGAACCUGCAAGAAAGACGUAGAAAUAAAUGGAGUGACCAUUCCCAAAGGAGCCAUUGUUAUGAUCCCAUCCCAUACCCUGCACUACAACUCCGAAUACUGGCCAAACCCAGAAGAGUUCAGACCAGAAAGGUUCAGUAAGGAAAACAAAAAGGCCAUAGACCCAUAUACGUACCUGCCCUUUGGAGCUGGUCCCAGGAACUGCAUUGCGAUGCGGUUUGCUCUCCUCACCCUGAAAGUUGCCAUCACCAUCCUAUUGCAACAUUUCACCUUCCAGACCUGCAAAGAAACUCAGAUCCCUCUUAAGCUGAGUUCACAGGGAUCCUUAAAACCAGAGAAACCGAUUAUUCUGAAGUUCGUUCCCCGAACCCACACCGCACCUGCAGAGGCAUAA